UUUCCCGUCCAGUCCAGUAGGUGGCGGUAAUGCAGCUGGUUUGGCAAACGCCAUUAAAAAUCGAAAAGAAGAAGAAGACUGGAGCACUUUGUGUUGUGGACGUCUGAUCGAUAUCAAAGCAGCACUAUGAACCACAUCCUCCAGAAUGAUCACGAAGCUGAAUCAGCACCUCUUUAACACAGUGUCAGUACAGACACAACAUUAGAACCUUCAUCAAAGGUUAAAGUCAAAUGCCUACUCAGAAAGAAUGCCAGGACUGUAAGAAGAAAAUCGGAGUUGCCAGUAAGACGUGUGGGCACUGUGGGGCCAAACAGCCGUACAAGCAAAAACUGGAGAAAAUAAAGAAAAAGCUUGCCCACGGCUGGAAGGAGAGGCAGAAAAAGAACAGCAGUGUCAACAAAGUUUAUGAUGCAACAGAUCUGCUGCUCCACAAGUGGGAACUUCUGGAGCGACAUCCAAUGCUGCUUCUUGCCAGGAGAACUGCCAAUGGUUUUUUAGCUGAGUGCUUCUGUCCGUGGCAAAUGAAUGCAGAAGAUGCUAAAGAUGCCCUGGUCACAAUAAAGAGGAUUUAUGAACGUCUUCUCAACGUGUCCAUGCCAUCUAGAGCAGCCGCUGGGACGGGGGAGAGUCCAGCAGCAGACAGUGAGGAGCCUUCGGCCGCAGAGACAGAGUCUCCACCACCAGACCACCACAUCGUCCCUGCUCACACCGCAGCUGACUCAGGAUCAGAGUCCACGUCCACACCUCUGCUCAGCCCAGAGUUUGACACUGAAUUGACUUUUGUUCUCACUCCUGGAUCCUCGUCCCUGGCUCCUCCUGCGCCUUCCUCCUCCUCCCAGAUCCCUCCUGUUUCUCCCCCCUCCUCCCUGACAUGUCCUGUGUCCUCACCCUUGCGUACCCCUGUAGUGUCCUCCUGUCUGCCUUCUUCUGUGUCACCAACUCUUUCAGCCUCUUCCAAACUCUCCUCUCCUGUGUCCACACAGCUGGACACCCCAGACUCAGUGUCCUCCUCAUGGAAAAGAACACAAGCAAGAAGGAAGCUGGACCCCAGCGAAUGCCCCAUUCAUCAAGGCUCCACCAGCUUCCCCUACCAGAAGAUACUGGGGGAGAGAAUCAGGGAGGGCCGUGCUGAGGUGUUGGUACAGUGGCAUCCCUGCUCUGGAUGGUGUGUAUGUUAUCUGAAGCUGACUUUACUUGGAGAAAAGUGGAAAAACACCUGGGAGCCAAAAGAAAAUAUUCUAAGUUAAUAUCAACCUGUAAAUAUUUGUGUCAUGUUGUUGUUGUUGUUGCUCAGAUGAUAAGCAGUGAAGCUGAUGGAUGGAUGAUGGAUGUCGUGUUAUGUUAUAUUGCUUCUCCUCCUGCCACAGUAUUUAACUCUGUUUAGUUUGAAUUAAACAAGUUUAUCAAGCAAAAUAAUAAGAAAAGCUUUUAAACUGCUUGUAUUCUGACAAACUGCUCGUCUCAGAUUCACUUCCACACAGAUGCAGCAUCAGAAGCCACAGUUUUAUCUGUCACACAUUCUUCAAAACACCAAAUCAUUUUCAGCACAGCUGCUUCCUGUUGACUCGUGUCAACCAGCAGCUUGUUACUCAGUAAACUAACUCACACACAGUCAGUGACUGACAACCAUUUGUAACUAAAGCUUUAACAAUGAACUAACUAUAAUAUGCCACACAUAAUGUCUAAUGUUUGUGCAGCAUCUACAAAAUACACGCUACAUUAAUAAUACAUUGCUAUGAUGCACAUUUAAACAUAUAUACAUAACAGAAAUUAAGGAAUACUCAGAUAUGACUGAUCAUAAUAUAAUAAUAUAAAAGCACAAAAAUAAAAAUGCAGUAGUACUAUAGUAUUGUUACAGAGUGAUAGGAAUAAUAUCAGGCAAUGUCUAAAACUGUCUCUUCCAUUACUACUCUCAGAGUAAUAAUAAUGGUCGUGUAUAACAGGUACGAGGUGCAGAUGUAGUGUUGCCAGAUACUGGUCCACUGGUCAGUUGUUGUAAUACAACAGACAGAGGUGAAACAGCUGAGUCACACUGUCUUCAGCAGUUCCACAGAAAUCAAAAUGCUGAGUAUGAAGGUGUGAGUCACAUCAGACUGAGCCUGAGGGUUAAAGAGGAGCCUUUGAGUCAGAGGUUGUUUUACACGCGUUCACAUUAUUUCAUAGUUUUGGUCUCAAACAGCCUCCACACUGUUCAGGUGGUGUUUCCAUUCAUGUCACUUUCUGCUUUACUCCACCGCAUUUCAGAGCUUUCUGUGCUUUCACUGUGCGUCAGGGGUACAUCCACUCCAGUACUGCACCUGAGCACCUGAGUACAAUUUGAGUGACGUUUCUCUGCUGUGACCUCAGGUGUCCCACUGGGUCUCAGAUGUCUUUAUCACUUUUCCUGCAGCUGGUAAAGACAAAGCUAAUUGAACUACUGUUUCAAUUACACUGUGCGUGUGUGUGUGCGUGUGCGUGUGCGUAUGGACAUGAUCAUGACAUUGUGGCUUCACUCUGUCGCUCAGACCGGGGGAUAGCAGCCUGUAUCUGGCAACCAUCCCCAGCUGACGGUUGAGUUGUGUUGACGUUCUCCUCAUAGACUGUAUAAGACAGGUUCUCCUGUAUAAACUGUGCACACAGACACACCAAGGUAGACCCAGGUAACCUGGUCUGUACCGGACACCGAGUGUGUUCAACUUCAAAAUAAGAGUAUGGUGUCCAAAUGAGACGAUUCAAAGGCGCCUCUGAUCAAAGAGCCUUCCUCUUGGAUCAGAGG